CACCAAUUUAAGCACGUUUUUCAGUUGUUUUUUUAAUACCAGUGGUGUGUCAACCAUUGCUGUCUCCGUCUCCUCCAUUUAAAAAAAUAUGGUCACUAUAGCAGCACCGCCCAAAGGACUUGCCUAAAGUUCUACCCUUUUUUUCGAACAACAGAAAUGUCUACCAAGCGUUGCAACAAGAUGAGGGAUUUCCAGUUGCUUUUGAUUUGUGCUACUUUUAUUGAAGCAGUACAACUCUGCUUUUGUUUUGGGUCCGGAGAACUGUACCAGACCUGCUGUUUGAAUCCCUUUUUGGCUGAUGAAAAUGCUUCACUGAAAGACGCUGUAUUGAGGCUUGCGAAUGAGCCGGAAAUGUUGGAAUGGAUGAAGGACAUCAGGAGAGAAAUACAUGAGAACCCGGAACUUGCUUAUGAAGAACUGGCCACCAGUGCUUUAGUUAGGCGUGAGCUUGAUCGGAUGGGGAUAAAAUACCGGUGGCCGGUGGCUAAGACCGGCGUGGUGGCUUCGAUUGGGAGUGGUUUUGCGCCUUUUGUCGCUCUUAGAGCUGAUAUGGAUGCUCUGCCUAUUCAGGAACUGACUGAAUUGGAGCAUAAGAGCAAAGUAGAUGGUAAAAUGCAUGCUUGCGGACACGAUGGGCAUACCACAAUGCUUCUAGGCGCCGCAAGAAUACUUCAAGAACUCCGAAGCGGCUUAAAGGGAACAGUCCUGUUAUUAUUCCAACCAGCAGAGGAGCGAGGUGAAGGCGCAAACGACAUGAUAAAAGAAGGCGUUCUUAACGAUGUUAGUGCUAUUUUUGGUGUGCACCUGGUCAGCCAGUAUCCCAGUGGUGUUGUUGCAUCAAGGCCCGGAGAGUUUCUAGCCGGCUGCGGAGGCUUUAAGGCAAUCAUAAGAGGAAAGGGAGGUCAUGCAGCUGCACCCCAAUCAGCCAUUGAUCCUGUUUUGGCAGCAGCAACCUCCAUAAUCAGCUUGCAGAAUAUCAUAUCAAGGGAGACUGACCCUUUAGAUUCACAGGUGGUUUCGGUGACUAUAGUCCAAGCCGGAAAUGCUAACAAUGUUAUUCCAGAAUCAGUUACUAUAGCUGGUACUUACAGGGCAUUUGGGAGGAAAAGCUUCUAUGCUCUAAGAAAACGAAUCGAAGAGGUUAUAAAAGCUCAGGCAGGCGUGCAUCGGUGCACUGCUGAGGUUGAGUUUGAUGGGAAAGAUCAUCCAACUAUACCUCCUACAGUGAAUGAUGAGGGAAUAUACAGACAUGUGAGACAAGUUUCAAGUAUGAUUUUAGGGGAAGAGAACAUAGAAGUGGCAACCAUCUUCACAGGGAGCGAAGAUUUUGCAUUUUACUUGGAAGAGAUACCUGGAUCAUUUCUCCUACUUGGGACAAGAAACGAGAAGAUUGGAGCUACUUAUCCUGCACACAGUCCAUAUUACACCAUUGAUGAGGAUGUAUUUCCCAGUGGGGCAGCAAUACAUGCCACAUUUGCCAUUUCUUACCUUGAAAGUUUAACAAACAAUUGUUCCAACUCCUGCUUUUAGAACAUUGGAAGUUGGAAAUUUUCCUCAAAACUCUUACAAAUGUAGAUUAUUGCGCGUCAGCAGUAUGUUUUACCGUUGUUGAAGAAAUGAAUAAAAAUUGAGGAUCAACAUUGACACCAAUGGUAAUUGAACAUAUAAAAAUGGCAACAGAAAACUUGUACAUUACACAGACAAAGGAUCAGUAGUGCAUCAGUUCAUUACAAAUGGAAAACAAACCUCAACGCUUCUUUUACAUGAAUUCAACGCUUCUUUUACAUGAAUAAUGGUCCAAACAAAGGAUGAUGUAACAAAUUAACUUGGAAACAAAGAAACACACAAGCAUUCUGGAAAGUUUGCUCUUAUGAUCACAGGGAUCAAUCAAAGGGAUCAUCUCACAUCUUUCCAAUUCCUGCCAUUGCCAUAGUCAAAGAAAGAGCCAAGGUGAAGAUGGCUACAAUUGCUGAUGGGAAGGAGUUGAGUGAGGCCAUGGAAGGUUUAGGAGGAGGAGAAGAAGAAUGAGGAGGAGCAGGAGCAGGGGAGCUUGAAGGAGCCAUCUUGGAAUGAUCAUGACCCUCAUGGGCUCUCACUGCAACAAUGGCAAUCAUCAAAAUGGCAAAACAAAACACUGCUUUCAAUGAGGCUGCCAUUUCCUUUUUCUCUCUUCUUUUUUCUUUCGUUUCUCCAAAAUGGCUUGCAGAUCAGUUGAAUGACAGUGUCUGUUGAUUGAUCAUUGUUUCAUUUUUGGUUUCUAUUUAUAAUGCAGAAGAUGAUUGAAAUCACUACAUUGUUGGUCAUAUUAUAUUGAAUGUCAAUUCAUAAAAUUAAAAAGUUGUGAUUGCCAUUAACAUUGCCGUACAACCUUCCCAAGUUGAUGAAAGUUGUACAGUUUGUACUACAUUAUUCUUUGGUGACCCUUUGAACUAUUCUCUUAAAAAAUUGUUGACUUACGCC